AUGCACCCAUCGGCUGUACCAAGGCGCUUCUCCAUUACGCCCGAGUCGUCGGGCGCGUGGGUCGCGCUGCACCCUGACUACAACGAUAUUGAGACGGGCGUGAGCGACUACCAGCUCAAGACCAACUGGGCCGACUCGCUCCUGCUCCAGCUGCCGGCCUCGCUGCGGUGGGCAUUGACACAGCGAUACCAACUCCGCAUCUCGUGGCCAGCCAACCUCCCUGCCGAGUUCCGCAUCGACGUGUUUCCACCGGAUAUGCUGCAGGGCGGCACACAGGUGCCGGCCGACGCACGGCCGUGCGAACUGCUCCUCGCGCGCAUUACCGCGCACGCAACAGGCGUGCCACUCGCGACGCGGCCCAAGUACAGGGGGCAGCCGGGUCUCUUGGGCCUUGCGGAGCAUGUUUUGGGGUGGGCGGGACCGGCCGAGACAGAGCCCGCCCCUAUCCCAUUCGACCUCAUAUUCGAGCGCGUAUACCUCGGAGGCAUCCCAUCCUCUACCCUGCCGCUCGCCGCCUACGUGCUGCUAACACUGGGGGCCUCGCUCUUUUUUUACCGAGUUUUCCAAAAUUUACUGGCACGGACAGAGGAGCAUGAAAAGGACGAGUAG